CAUCGAUAGAUCCUUAAUUAAUUCGACGAUGAGUAGUAGUAGUAGUACUAGCGUGGAAGAGUGCUUGAGAUCUCUGUCCUUGGAUUACUUGAAUCUCCUCAUCAACGGCCAGGCCUUCAGCGACGUCACCUUCAGCGUGGAGGGCAGAUUGGUCCACGCCCACCGCUGCAUCUUGGCCGCCCGGAGCCUCUUCUUCCGGAGGCUCUUUCACGGCGGCCACGAUUCCCCCGACCCCGCGUCGCCGAGGAGGUCGUCGUCAUCGGCCGCGGUGAUCCCGGUGAACUCGGUGGGGUACGAGGUGUUCACGCUGAUGCUGCAGUUCAUGUACACCGGGCAGGUGUCGCUCGUGCCCCAGAAACACCAGCCCCGGCCGGACUGCCGGGAGAUCGGGUGCUGGCACAUGCAUUGCUCCUCCGCCGUCGAUCUCGCCCUCGACACUCUCUCCGCCGCUCGAUCUUUCGGCGUCGACCAGCUCGCCCUACUCACCCAGAGGCAUCUAGGAAGCAUGGUUGAGAAGGCUUCAAUGGAGGAUGUGAUGAGAGUGUUGCUAGUUUCAGCAAAACACGAAAUCCCUGAGCUUUGCAGUAUAUGUUCCCAAUUGGUUGCCAAAUCCGGGCUUCCCUCCGACCUCCUAGCCAAACAUCUCCCCAUCGAGCUCGCGGCCAAGAUCGACGAGCUCCGCCACAAGUCCUCCGCCUUACUGCCGCGCCACCGCCGCUACGACCUCGGUGGCCCCACUCUGGAGGAGCAGAGGAUCCGCCGGAUGAGGCGUGCCCUCGACUCGUCCGACGUGGAGCUCAUCAAGCUCAUGGUGAUGAGCGAAGGGCUGAAUCUGGACGGCGCACUGGCGCUGCAUUACGCCGUCCAGAACUGCAGCCGUGAGGUCGUGAAGGCACUCCUCGAGCUCGGGGUCGCCGAUGUCAAUUUCCCGGCGGGACCCGCCGGGAAGACGCCGCUCCACAUUGCGGCGGAGAUGGUUUCGCCGGAUAUGGUGGCGGUCCUGCUGGACCACCACGCGGACCCGAACGUCCCCACGGUUAAUGGGGUAACGUCUUUGGAUAUUCUCCGAACCCUAACGUCGGAUUUUCUGUUCAAAGGAGCGAUACCAGGGCUGGCCCACAUGGAGCCAAACAAGCUCCGCCUCUGCCUCGAGCUCGUCCAGUCUGCCGUCUCCGUCAUCUCCCGCGAAGAAGGUAAUGGGACCAACAGCAGCAUCACAUCGCCCACGGUCAUGUACCCACCGCCACCGCCGGCGAACGACGAUGAUCGUCACCGAAUUUGCAGCGGUGGAAACAUAACCAUGGUUAACCUCAACCACGACGAUUCGUCAGCAGCAAGAACGUUGUAUCUGAACCUCGGGGCGGCGGUGGAGAGUAGCAGUAGCAAUCAUCACAACCACAGAUCAUCGGAAAACAGUUCAGACGAACCCCCGCCGGCUACCUCAAUGUACCAUUCUCAUCACCAUCACUAUUAGUUACGGAGUAUAUUACUAGUAGCCUUUUUUAUUUUAUUUUUUACGGAGUAUUUUGGGACUUAUUAUAAAGUACUACCCUAUAU